AAUACUCACCAUCAAUAAUUAGAUCAUCCAAGAUGUCUAUGUUUUUACCUUUAUUAAUUUGACUACUUUGCCUCUAAAAAGAAACCUCCAAAGGUUGCAGCUUUUGAUAAUUAAUAAGUUUGGCAUAUUCCAUCCAUAACUCAAAGUAAAGAAAACAACAAACACCCUUCUAUAUCUUACUGUCUUUUUCUUCAUCAGUUUCCCAGUUUCUCUGUUGGUAUCAUUUUCCAAAAGAAGUGGAGUAAAUGGAUGCAAUUUUGAAUCUUCAAGCAGUACCAUUAGGAACUGUUCUUACUGUGGGAGGUCCAGUUGUUGCUCUUGGUGGGAUUUCACUAUGGUUGUUUAAGGAAUAUGUUAAUGAUCAAAAAAGAAAAUCUUCUAAUUUUCUCCCACCUGUACCAGAGGUUCCAGGGUUACCAGUGAUUGGGAAUUUACUGCAAAUGACUGAGAAAAAACCCCACAAGACAUUUACAAAAUGGGCUGAAACAUAUGGACCUAUCUAUUCCAUCAAAACCGGCGCAAACACAAUUGUUGUACUCAGUUCUAAUGAACUUGCAAAGGAGGCUAUGGUGACUAGAUAUUCGUCCAUCUCAACGAGGAAGCUAACAAAUGCUUUGAAAAUCCUUACUUGUGACAAGAGUAUAGUUGCAAUAAGUGAUUAUGAUGAGUUUCACAAGACUGUGAAGCGCCACGUACUGACCAGUGUUCUAGGAUCAACUGCUCAGAAGCGCCAUCGUAUCCACAGGGACGCCUUGGUAGAAAAUGUGUCAAAGCAACUACAUGAUUUGGUUAGGAAUGAUCCUAAGGAAGCAGUUAAUCUCAGGAAGCCAUUUCAGUCGGAACUUUUUGCUUUGGCGCUGAAACAAGCUUUAGGAAAGGAUAUUGAGGCUAUUUAUGUGGAGGAACUCGAUGCCACUUUGCCAAGAGAGGAAUUACUCAAGAUCUUAGUACUUGAUAUAAUGGAAGGUGCAAUUGAUGUGGACUGGAGAGAUUUCUUCCCCUAUCUAAAGUGGGUUCCGAAUAAAAGCUUUGAGCACAGAAUUCAGCGUAAACAUAUGCGUAGGGAAGCUGUGAUGAAGGCCCUAAUAACGGAGCAAAAAAAGCAUAUCACUUCAGGAGAGGAACUGAACAGCUAUAUCGGCUACUUGUUAUCUGAAGCCAAUACAUUGACAGAGAACCAAAUUCUAAUGUUGCUUUGGGAGGCAAUUAUUGAGUCGUCAGACACCACUAUGGUGAGCACAGAAUGGGCUAUGUAUGAAUUGGCCAAAGAUCCCAAACGACAGGAACAACUCUUUUUGGAAAUUCAAAAUGUUUGUGGAUGUAACAAGAUCACAGAAGAGAAACUUUGCCAACUUCCAUACCUAUCUGCUGUUUUUCAUGAAACAUUGAGAAAGUAUAGUCCGGCACCCAUUGUUCCUCUAAGAUAUGUCCACGAAGACACGCAGCUAGGAGGUUACCAUGUUCCUGAAGGAACUGAGAUCGCAAUAAAUAUAUAUGGUUGCAAUAGGGACAAGAAAGUGUGGGAGAGUCCUGACGAGUGGAAGCCUGAACGAUUUCUUGAAGGGAAGUAUGAUCCAAUGGAAUUGCAGAAGACGAUGGCGUUUGGGGCUGGAAAAAGGGUAUGUGCCGGUGCUCUCCAAGCAAUGACAAUUAGUUGCACAGCUAUUGCUAGAUUGAUUCAAGAGUUUGAGUGGAGCCUAAAAGAGGGAGAAGAAGAAAACAUUGCAACACUUGGUCUUACUACUCAGAAACUUCAGCCAAUGUUAGCUCAUAUCAAGGCAAGAAAUUGAUGUCUAUUAGAUUUGAAGGGAGCCGUGGCGCAAAAGGUAAAGUUGUUGUCAUGUGAUCAAUAGGUCACGGGUUCAAGCCUCUUGCACAAGUGCAAGGUAGGUUACAUACAAUAAACCUUCUGAUCCUGGAUCGGCCUUUCUCUGGACCAUGCACAUAACAAGAGUUUUAGUGUAUCGAGCUGUCCUUGAACUUUCUACUCUAUAAUAGGAGAGCUAGCUAGUAUAUGUUUUGAGAGCUUUUGUUACUUAUAAAUUAUAAACUAUUGGUACAUACUUUUCCAUCCUUAAUUAAACUAGAGUUUUCAAGUUUUUUCUGAAAA